AUGCAAUCUCCGGAAUCUAUGGCAAUUAGUGCAAAGUUUGAAGAAAGUGAAAAGGAUGAAGAGGAUGAGAAUGACGUUGAUGCAGUGGUUGAAGAAUUUCAAAGAAAGUCGUCGAAAGAUCUCUUAAACAAUAUGUUGUCUAUGUUUCAUAUUACACCUGUGAAAGAUGAGCGGAAUAUUGAGAUAAUUGCCAGUAAAGUAAGUUCAUUAAUGAUAAAAACCAAGCGUUUCUCCGAAGAAUUGUCGAACAAACGUUCUACAAGCACAGAGGAGUUAUAUAAGAAAUUUUGCGAUUUAACAUUGGAUGAUCAGUACACCCUGCUGAGUGGCUUACUACAGUUCUUCGCACAGAGUGCUUAUGUUGAUCAAAUUCAAAUUUUACCACUAUGUCCAGAAAGUUGGGGUCGUUUGAAAGUUGCAAAAUUUUUGGAUGCCAUUGAUACACAAGCACGAAAUGCAAUUGAGUUACGUGUGACUAAAGGAAUCUUGGCACAUCCAGAGUAUUGUCGCGGAAACCAACCUAUUAAAGGAUGGUCACGUGCCAGCAAUGAAAAAAUGUCUUACACCAAUCUGCUUGCACUUGUUCUAUGUAAUGCAAAUGAUUUAGCUUGUGUGAGUUGUAGUUGUAAAAAGUGUGUUGAUAUAUUGGCAAGUGAAAAACUACUGUCAGAGUUUAAUGGAACCGUUGAUGAUCCCUGUGACUAUAUAAUAUAG